CUCGCCAUGUACUGAGUCUGUAUUUGUUAUGAUACGCCACUCGCCACCUGAGCCAUUACUGUUUCUGAGUAGAUGUGUUUUCCUGCAUAUAUAUAACAAGAUAAAAGGGAUUUCACAGAUGAAUAGAUGAGAGAGGCUGAUGAUUCUGCCGAGAAGCGGGCGAAAGAGGCGAGGAUGGAAACCGGCCCUUCUGUGCUCGUGUGAAAGGUUUUGCACUGCCGUAACUAGAUGAUUUUCUGGUAAUGGAGUCCUUGGAAUUUAGGGACGUAAAGGGUGAUGUGAUAUUUGUGGAGGCGAGGUUGGAGCCCGCAUCCUGCAACAAAAGGGCCACGGAAUUUAGUGUAAGUAGCAGCCGCAUCCAGUUUCUACCAUGGCUAGGAUAUACAAGUGUCCUAGCAGCCAUAGCCUUUUUAGCUCAGUUACAUACAAUUCACCCAGCGUGGCUUCUCACGGCUGUUUUAACUCAGCUAGCAACGCUUUUGUACAGAGUUCAUCGAAAAGUUGUUAGUGAAACUUUACUCGUAGUAGCUGGCUUAGGGAUCCAGACUACUACUACUUUCUACACUGGGCGGCAGCACACGCGUUUUAUUCCUUGGGGAGACAUUAUUGAUGUUAUCAUUGCAGAGACAAUAACCAUGCAACGUGUACUAUUCUACAUGGCUCUGCUUGUAAGAGCGGAAGGGACCAAAGCUAACCAGAAACUAUUACCUCUCUUUAUGAAUACUUGGCCACGGUUAGCCUGCUUGCGGCAUAUUUACUGUGCAUGCCAAGAAGUUCUCUCACCAAAUUCUAAGUUAAAAUGAUAUUUGAUGCUGCUGCUGUGCUGAUAAAAGUGAAAGAAGUGCUCCGUUGCACAGUAUUUUGAGAAAAGUAUGUCCGUGAUUAUGUGUUGUUA